AUGGUAUAUUUCGAUCUCACUUCCACCACAAUUAUCAAUUUGUCCGCUGAAUACGGCACACAGCUGCCAGCCAGAAUAAGCUCCCAAGACUCGCUUUGGCCAACGAGGGCACAAAGUGGCCACCAAAAUGAACCUUCAGAUGCAAUAAAUAUCCAGCAGCUGACUCCGUCCCUCCCCGCCCCGAUGAACUGUGUCCGAGCCAGUCAGAGCAGGUCGUGUCGUCAUCCUACUCUUGGUAUUGGCGGCGUACGGGAUACCUGCCAUCUUGGCCGUGGAAUCUCGCCGAGCGAGAAGACAAGACAGCGCCGCCUCUCCACUGGCCGUUCCGCCGCCGCCACCGCCGCUCAAAAGUACGAAUUGCGCCCAGUGCACCGCCGGCUUGGAAUUGAUGUGAGGCAGGGAUGCGACGAGAUGGUAACAUGGAGUCCCAUACCAAGUUCCCGCUCUGUUUUCUAG